AUGAGCGAUUCCCCAGAACUCACGGAGGCUGAUGAUAUCGACGAUUCCUUGAUCGAAGAUUUAAAUCCCGAAUACCACUUCCCUAUCCUUCGACACAAUUUUCAUUGGAUUACCACGUUCUAUAAAUACCGUCAAUUUGCCAGCGACACCUGUGCAAACAACCAAGCAAGGUUCAUUGUAAAACGCGCUCCAGUCGAGAGGCAUAAGAGGAAAGCGCUCUUGAUGCUUGCGUUUGAACAAUGCAAAAGUCGUCGUGCAGAAAUCUUUUGCCGUGAACGGGCGAGAAUUGCUGGCGAUGAUAGUGUCGCAGAAAGUUGCAUUGAUGCCGAUAUGACUAUUUCGAAAUCUGUCGUCCCGAACCAGCCUGCCGCAGACCAUAUCUCUGCCGAGAGACAGGCUGCCAAUGAGGCCGAGCAAGCUCGUUUGUUUGGCGAAAGCCGUGAGCGAACUGGUCUUGGUGGGAUCAGCGGUGGUGUUAGCGCUGAUGAAUCUGGUGAAGAUGUUGACGCGGAUGGAGAUGUUGCGAUGGGAUAG